AUGGAGUCAGUCUUUUCUGUCAUUGCAUCCUAUGUCAAUUGGGAUGUCAAAAGUCUGCUGCUCUUCAUUACAAUUUUCAUCCUCACUGCAGAUUAUAUUAAGAACCGUCGCUCGGACAGCUUCCCUCCAGGACCUUGGACAUUUCCUAUUUUUGGCAACAUAUUCACUCUGGAUUACCAAAGGGGCCAUGAGACAAUGACACAGUUGGCAGGGAAAUAUGGAAAUGUGUACAGCAUGCGAAUGGGCCAGGCGUGGUUGGUGGUGGUAAAUGGGUAUGAAGCUCUGAAAGAAGCUCUAGUAAAUCAGAAGGACAGCCUGGUGGACCGUCCAGGCCUCCCUCUGAUCAUGGACAUGUACCACGGACUGGGGUUACUUCUCAGUAGUGGGAACCUAUGGAAGCAGCAGAGGCGUUUCGCACUUUCAACCCUCAGAAAUUUUGGAUUGGGCAAGAAGUCAGCUGAACAAAUCAUCUUAGAUGAAUUUACAUUUUGUGCAGAAGACUUUAAGCGCUAUAAAGGUAAACCAUUUGAUCCACACCUCACUGUCAACAAAUGUGCCUCCAACAUAAUCUGCUUCCUGACUUUUGGCCAUCGCUUUGAGUAUAGUGAUGAGAAUUUCGAGAAAGUGGUUAUGUGGUUUGGCAAAGGUUUCGUAAUUUUCACCUCCAUCUGGGCUCAGUUUUACAAUGCAUUCCCUAUGCUGAUGAAAUAUUUGCCAGGGCCACAUCAGACACUCCAGCGCAUGUGGAAGGAUGCAAAAGACUUCAUAAGAAUAGAGAUCAAGAAGCACAAACAGAACUGGGAUCCCUCAGACCAAAGAGACUACAUUGACUGUUUCCUGAAUGAGAUUCACAUGAAUAAGGGGCAUGAGGACGAUGUUCGUUUUGAUGAGGAUAACCUGGUUGUAUGUGUCUUGGAUCUGUUUACGGCUGGCACUGAGACCACAUCCAACACCCUGCGCUGGGCUCUCCUCUACAUGGCAAAGUACCCUGAGAUCCAAGCCAAGGUCCAGGAGGAAAUAGACACAGUCAUUGGACAGUCCAGACAGCCAACCAUGGAAGAUCGUGCAAACCUGCCCUACACUGACGCUGUCAUACAUGAGAUCCAGAGGAUGUGCACCAUACUUCCUCUCAGUCUGCCUCAUUUUACCAACAAGGAGAUGAAGCUUGACGGCUACACAAUACCAAAGGGAGUCACGAUAGUCCCCAAUCUGACCUCAGCGCUGUACGACAAGAGACAGUGGGAGACGCCUGACACCUUUAACCCAGGACACUUUCUGAACAAGGAGGGGAAGUUUGUGAAGCCAGCUGCUUUCAUCCCUUUCUCUGCUGGUAAGCGGCAGUGUCUCGGGGAGAGCCUGGCCAAAAUGGAGCUUUUCCUCUUCUUCACCUCCUUCAUGCAGCAUUUCACCUUCUCCAUGCCUGGUGGGGGGAAACCUUCGAUGGAAUUUCUAUUUGGCCUGACUCUGCCACCACGUCAAUAUGAAAUCUGUGCAAACUCACGCCAAGAGUAG